CUCAAGUUAGUGACGUCACCACAAAUGGCUGCUUCCUGCUGGUAAAGCAUAGUGUUUAAGAGAGAAAAAUUCUUAUAAACUUGGAUGUCAUUCACAGGAAACAAAGAGCUAUAAACCCACAUAUGUCUACCAUGUCUAACGAAGAUAAAGGGGUAGCACUUAUACUUGAGGCAGAAAAGAAGGUUAAAUCUUCCCAGGGAUUUUUCGGUGGAUUAUUUGGGAGCGCCUCUAAGCUUGAAGAUGCGGCAGAUCUUUAUGUUCGAGCUGCUAACAUGUUUAAGAUGGCAAAGAAUUGGAGCGCUGCUGGUACUGCUUUCUUAGAUGCUGCUAAAAUCCAGCUGCUGAAUCUGCAAAACAAACAUGAAGCAGCCCAACAUUAUGUUGAUGCCGCUACAUGUUUUAGGAAGUCUGAUGCUGAAGAGGCUGUUCGAUGCUAUGAAAGUGCUACCGACAUCUUUACAGAUAUGGGACGAUUUACGAUGGCUGCAAAACACCACAUCAACAUAGCAGAAAUCUAUGAAAGCAAUGUUGUAGAUUUAGAAAAGGCAAUAUAUCAUUAUGAACAAGCAGCUGAUUACUACCGAGGGGAAGAGUCUACCAGCUCUUCAAAUAAAUGUGCUCUCAAAGUGGCAAUGUACAGUGCUCAAAUGGAAAACUAUCCCAAAGCCAUUGAAAUUUAUGAACAGGUUGCUGCCAAUGCUAUUGAAAGCUCAAUUCUAAAGUACAGUGCCAAGGAAUACUUUUUUAAGGGAGCAUUAUGUCACAUGUGUGUAGAUGUGCUAGAGGCUCAGCGGGCAGUGGAAAAGUAUUGUGACAUGCAUGCUGCCUUUCAGGACUCAAGAGAGUGCAAACUUUUGAAGGUUCAGGAAUAUGACAGUAUAUCUAGACUUGAUCAGUGGUUGACUACCAUCCUGUUGAGGAUAAAGAAGAGUAUGAAUGAAGAACCUGAUUUAACCUAGUAACAGCCUGCAAUGCUACUCAUUACAAUACAAAACUGAUUCAAUCAUCUARCAUGUACUCUAAAGUUGCAAUGCCAUUGGUAAUAAUGAAUGGCACGUUAAAAUUGUUGACUAACUAAUCUAUAUCUCACAGUCUAUUCACAGGUAGCCCAUGCUCUGGGGUGUCUGUGAAUUUCAAAUAUAUGUGAGGAUGCUUAUAUCCUUAUUAUGUGAAAUAAAAAGCCUCAAACCCUA